AUGGAAAAUGAAGACCAAAGCGGAGACCUCGAAGAUGGGCCUAGAUUUCUCAUUUUAUGGCACGAGGGCCCACCAUCUCUUCUACCGCUAGACAUUGCAGUAUUUGUAGUCAAGGCUGCACCAAGCAAUGGAAACUCGAAACCAAACAGUGUGAUUUGUGCUGACUGUGAUGGAAAUGGAUCUUCUCUGUGCUCUCUGUGCAAAGGUAGUGGAGUGAACUCUGCUGAUCUUUUCAAUGGUCAAUUUAAAGCUGCUGAUUCAUGUUGGCUUUGUGGAGGCAGAAAGGAACUGUUGCGUGGGAAUUACAAUGGAGCUGACUUCAUUGGUGGUGUCACGAGCACUUUCGAUGAGCAGAAUCUACGUGUUUGA